AUGGCAUCAAUGAUGACUCCAGCGCUUCUGGGCCAUCACAAGUACAAGAAUUCUCAUUUUUUUCAAGAGGAGGGAUUGGAUGGCACAUUUGUGAUUGAUCUGAACAUUGAGCUAGAUAAUGCAGCCCUAGUUGUUUCAGAUGAGAUAACUGAUCCCAAGGACUUGGAGUUUCUGUUCAAAUUGAAUACUGAAGCUGAAGAUAAGGAUGAUAAUACAUAUGAAGAUGAUGAAGAGGAUCAAGAUGAAGAUGACUAUGAUCUGACUGACCAUCCAGCUUAUAAUCCAAAUGAUUAUCGACUAUUUAUAAAUUGUACCUGCACUCUGAGAUGCAUGGGCUUCGACACAAAAGUCUUCAAGACCAGAGCUGAAGCUAGUAACCCCAAAAAGAGCAGUGCUGGUGGUGGUCACUUUGCAAGUACUGGUGAUGGUGAGCAGUUUAGAAUUAACACUAGAAGGACUAGAGCUCAAGGUAGUAACACCAAAAGGAGCAGUGCUGCUUGUGGUCAGGUUGCAAGCAAUGGUGACGGUGAGAAGUCUAGUAACCUCAUAAGGAGCCGUGCUGCUGGUGGCCAAUUAGCAUGUAGUCCUGAUGGUGGUAACUCUACAAGGAGCAGUGCUGCUGGUGUCAGCUCCAAAGUGGUUGGGACUGAGGGUGCUAACUUAGAAAGAACCAGUUUGAAUGGUCUUAACACUCAAACAGUUGGAGAUGAUUUUGGUAACUCACAAAGGAUCAGUUCUAAUGGUCUUAACUCUCAAAUGGUUGGAGAUGUUUCUGGUAACUCACAAAGGAGCAAUGUUAAUGGUCUUAACUCUCAAAUGGUUGGAGAUGCUUCUAGUAACUCACAAAGGAGCAAUGCUAAUGGUCUUAACUCUCAAAUGGCUGGAGUUGAAGGUGGUAACUCACAAUCCUCUCAGGAUCCUCCAAAAAGAGGGACAUCGAAAAUGUGCAGGACCAAGUACAAAAUACCUCCACAUAGUGGUAGAGUUCAGCUGGAACCUAUAGGUCAUUGGAUUGAAUAUUCACUCGGCAAGAUUAAAGAAUUUACGAGCACGUUUACAUCUCAUCCACGGCAUAGGGCACGUGCUGCAAAAAAUCUAGAGAACUAUCUAGUCAAGAGAGUAACUAAUAUGAUGUACCAAGUCCGUUUGGAGGCUGUCAAGAAAUGGUGUCAUAGAAAUAACAAAGACUGCGAUGAUACUCGAGCCCGCACCAUUGAACUAACAGAAGAACAGUACUUAACUUGUCGGGUGGAGUGGUGCAACGGGGAUGAGUACAUGACAUUAGCUCUAGAUGCAAAUUCACAAGAACUGGAAGGAAGAGCAUUGUACACUAUAGGACGUGGCAUGAAGCAUGGCCGUGUUCCAAUAGGUGAUGGUGUUGUGGAUAAGGCAAUUGUUCUAGCACAUUCCAAAUCUAUAUCUGUUAGGCCACCUGAUCCUGAUCAUUAUGAAAGUGUAGAACCACCUGCUGAACUGCUUCAACGUCUACAAGACCUUGAUGCCCGUCGUCAUCAGGUUUUAUGUUCAUGGCUACUGGGUCACAUGGAGGCUCAUUCUGUUGAUGAAAGGCGCAGCAACGACAACGCUAAUGACGAAGACGACGAUGAUGACUACAGCUACCAUGAAAGCGAUGAUGAUGACUGCAGCUACCAUCAAGGCAUCCAUCAUGUCCAGUACUCCAAUGAAGACGAUGAUGAUGACCACAUUGAGGACGAUGAUGACGAUGGCUGUCUUGAAGAUGGUGAUGAUAGCAGCUCCUCCCAAAUCGACGAUGAUCACCGCUCUACUAAGCAGUGA